CUGGGCGGCCCAACCCGGUCCAGGACCCGACCUGACAGACGAGGAGAAGGAGAUAAUCAACAGCGUGAUUGCCCGCGCAGAGAAGAUGGAGGCCAUGGAGCAGGAGAGGAUCGGGCGUCUGGUGACGCGGCUGGACGACAUUAAGAAGACGGUGUGUGGGGACGGGGUCUCGCGCUGCCUGCUCUGCGGAGAGCAGCUGGGAGUCCCGGGGGUCAGCUCCGUCGUGUGUGAGGACUGCAAGAAGAACAUGUGCACCAGGUGUGGGGUGCAGAACCACAGCCGCCCAAGAACCAUGUGGCUGUGCAGGAUCUGCGGCGAGCAGAGAGAGGUGUGGAAGCGUUCAGGCGCCUGGUUCUUUAAGGGUCUACCCAAGCAGUUCCUGCCGUCUCCGAUGCCCGUCUCCAAACACAGUGAGCCCUGCGGCCAACGGGCUCCUGCCCCAGCGGAGAACCUCACCAGCGCCCCCUCUGGUGUGGAGGGCCAGCCCCCCCGCGCAGAACAGCCAAUGGCAGGAACAGGCUCCUCUGGACGGCCUCCGGUGCCCCCAAAGCCCUCUGAUUCACGGGCAGGGCCCAGUGAGGGCGAUGCCCAGCCCAGCCCUGUGGUGGUGAAGAGGGCCAUCCCACUGCAGAGCUCCAGACCACCCGCUGCGGCCCCCCCCGCCCCGGCCCAGCAGGCCCAGCCUGAGGUGGAGAGAGGCUACUCCAGCAUGGCUCAGAGGGAGGAGACAGCGCCCCCUCCUGUUCGGGAGGAGAGGCGGCAGCCUGCAGCCUACAACCCCCCCCCAGCGCGGCACCAGCCCCCCCCUCCGGAGGAGGAUGAGGAUGGGGCUAACAGCUACGACUCGGACGAAGCCACCACGCUGGGCUCCAUGGAGUUCAGUCUGCUGUACGACCAGGACAACAGCAGCUUACAGUGCUGCAUACUCAGAGCCAAGGGCCUGAAACCCAUGGACUCCAACGGCCUGGCAGACCCCUAUGUUAAACUGCAUCUUCUACCAGGAGCCAGUAAGUCCACUAAGCUUCGCACAAAGACGCUGCGUAACACCCGCAACCCCGCCUGGAACGAGACACUGGUCUACCACGGCCUGACUGAGGACGACAUGCAGCGCAAGACCCUCAGGCUGUCUGUGUGUGAUGAGGAUAAGUUCGGCCAUAAUGAGUUCAUCGGGGAGACGCGGGUGGCUCUGAAAAAGCUGAAGCUGAACCAGAAGAAGAACUUCAAUGUGUGUCUGGAGAGAGUAGUGCCGAUGAAGCGGACGGGGACUGCAGGAGCGGCAAGAGGAAUAUCACUUUACGAAGAGGAGACAGGAAAGGAGGGGGAGGAGGUGGAGGAGAGGGGGAGGAUCCUGAUCUCGCUCAUGUACAGCACCCAGCAGAACCGCCUGCUCGUCGGGGUCAUCCGCUGUGUUCACCUGGCUGCCAUGGACGCCAACGGCUACUCCGACCCCUUCGUCAAAAUCUGUCUGAAACCUGACAUGGGGAAGAAAGCCAAGAACAAGACUCAAAUCAAGAAGAAGACUCUGAACCCAGAGUUUAACGAGGAAUUUGGCUAUGAGAUCAAACACAGCGAGCUGGCCAAGAAGUCCCUGGAUAUCUCUGUGUGGGAUUACGACAUCGGGAAGUGCAACGAUUACAUCGGGGGCUGCCAGCUGGGCAUCACGGCGAAGGGCGAGCGUCUGAAGCACUGGUACGAGUGUCUGAAGAACAAGGACAAGAGGAUCGAGCGCUGGCACACCCUGCUCAACGAGAACCACGUCUCCAGCGACUGAACGCUGCUGCAUGCCCCGCCCCGCCCGCAGCCCUGCCCCGCCCGCAGCCCCGCCCACUGCCCCGCCCAAAAGUCUGAGGCUCUUAAUUCUCGUCUUCCAGCAAAAGCGAGCUGCCCCCAAACCCAUCCAUGCCCUGCCCCACCCUCUGUCAUUAUCUCCUCCCCAACAUCUGCACGCCCUCAUUCCCCUCCCAUAGACUCUUAUCCCUUUAAGAGCAGGUUUUACUGGAAUCUUCAUCCCUUUCAGUCACCAGGAGUGAUUGUGACAUCGGCUUUAGAAUGUUCAGUUCAGAACAUUCUAAUCACACAUUUGUGGCCUCACACCUUAAAGGGAUACCUCUUCAAAAAAGAGGGGCAGGGUCACACCCCUCUCAGAGGCCAGUGUGGAUUCUAGGGGGCCCAAAAACGGAGUGGGGUGAAGCCCCUACAGUUGCCAUAAGAACAUUUGUGAACCUGCUGGGGAUUUGAGGGUCUCAGGCUCCAUUAGCUCCAUUUAGGCUGUUGCUUAGUGAUAUGGGGAGGGGCUUAUAUUGUAACCACAGAAACAAGCCCUGCCCCUCUUUCCUCAUAUCAACACUCUAAACGUAGUGCACCCUAGUGUACCCUUGGAAAUACUUACAAAAACCCACAGAUCAAUUUAAUAUAUUAAAAUGCAUUCAGAAAAAGGCUUUUUUUUUCAUUGAAGCCAUGUGCUAUGAAUUCCUGGUUCACUAUGCCUGUUAAUAUUAACAAAGAUUGCGAUCGUAGCCCAGUUAAGAAACAGCAUCCAGCACUAGCCGAGGAGGAAGCCGGCAGUGCUGCAGCUCAGAUGGCACUGGCCGGGAGCUUGUUUGUGAGCCGUAGGUUAUGUUACCGUUUGCCAUAAAACCCCAAGCCUGGCCGGGGCUGUCAGGGCGCUGAAUAGCCCAUAAAGUUUUAAUGGCACAGCGUCCUGUAACGUGUAGGGUCCUGCAGUGCCACGCAGCUGCCCUGCUGAAAGAGCAGCACGAGCUCCGGCAUAGCUCACCGCGUUCUUCUCCAGCAGAGCUGGCCUGCUCCCCCUGUGUUUAUACACACUACGCUCCCAGGGAUAAGCCUUCUUUGGCUCAUCUCCACGGUGGAACAAGUUUCAGUUCUUUAUGGAACCGUCUAUCAUCGGUGUGAAAGCUCCAAGUCGAAGAACCCUCGAACUGCUGAGGGUUCUUCUGUGGCGGUGGUCUUCAUUCCUGGUCCUGGAGAGCCGCAGGGUGUGCUGGUUUUUGUUGCUACUCAGCACUUGAUCGAUCAAUUAAAGCAGGUAAUUACACAGUUAACUCUCCUCACCUGGUUUCCUGGGUCAGAAUUAGUUGCUGGUAUUUAGGCGAAAAACAAAAACCAGCAGACCCUGCGGCUCUCCAGGACCAGGAGUGAGGACCACUGUUCUAUGGAAUCACAGGGUUAUUUUUCGAGACUUUUUUUCUCAGAGUGUACCAGGGAAAAGGCGUUUGAUGAGUCGGACUGGGAUGAGGUGUCAGGAAUCUAAUGGACGCAUGCUUGCUGAGUCUCCUUCUUCAGCACGUCCACGCUCUUUGAAGUGAAAACAGAAUUGAGUCUGAAUUUGGAAUGGGUUAACCAUAGAGAGUAUUAACUCUCGCAGCUUAAUACCCCAGCCCAAACCCCCAAACCCCCCUUAGCAACACCUCCUGAUUCUGCAUGACUGCCGUUCGAGCCCCCCUCCCUGUGUGUUCAAAGAGCAGUGCAUUAUGGGGCUCAUUGUGGCCUUGCUGCCCCCCUCCCCAAAGCCGUAGCUUGUAGCCAUAGACACUAACCGCCAAUCAAGGAAAGCACACCACACACAAUGGAAUGACCUCAGACUUUGUACUGAAAUCUGCAAGUUUUACACGCCCUAUGCAUGCUGAGUCUCGUGCUUCAUGAUGUAGAAGGGUCCCCCUCUCUUCUCCCCCUCUUAUUUUGGGUUUGUAUGAUUUACCCUGUCCCCUUAUUCACCCCCCUCCCCCCCCUCUCUCUCUUAGAUGUUGGCUUAUCUGUACUCUGUGUUCUUUAAUUGUGUGUACUGGGUUUGCCCCCCCCCCCCCCCCCC